AUGAACUGGCUGUCGGUGAUCACGGCUCCUUUUACAUUCACACUGGGGUUGACGGCGACUCUGCUUUCUUACUUGUUGUCGCCUCUCCUAUUCAUCGCAUCGCCAGUGAUCUACCUCGGACAUGUCAUCCUAUACUUGACUCUGCUUCCGCUGCGAAUCUUGAUCAAAUUAGAGGCUUUCAUCUAUUUCAUGACUGUGGCCGUGUUGAUCGGAGCUACCGUUGGAAUAAUCCUACAUUUCACCGGGAGUACUAUUACACAGGCUCUACAGAUUGGAGAAACACCGGAGAAGCAACGUCGUGUGAAACAAGAGUCUAUAGACUCAAGUCCAGAGGACCCACCUUUCAACUACCUGGAAACAAAGGAUGAAGACACCAAGUAUCUUCCAUACUCGACAAUACUAGAGGAGGAAGAAAGUAGCAGGGAAUCAGAAUAA